GUAUCAGAACAAACGGCGCUAAUUACAUUUGGUUCCAUCGUUAAUUUCUCUCUGAUAGAUUCCAGCAAUAGGUACCAGUACGACUCCAAAGCAUUUUUGUUUUCACUGGUGAACAAACCAGGAUGGGCACCUGUUAAACUGCCUCAGACAGGGAAAUAUAGUUCAUGGAGAUCACAGUCAAUAUACUGUGGCUCAAGGUCGGGACCUACAUUUGGAAAUGGAUUUGACAUUUACAUUUCCAACUACGCGUCAUCCAAUAGCAAUUCUUACAGCGACCUUGGCUGGACUUAUAGCCCACCGAGCGGGUACAGCUACGGCAGCACAUUCGCCAAAACAUUCCUGGCAGGAACGUACAAGUUCACACCAGACGAAGUAGAAACUUUUUACGAAACAAACUAG